UAGGACAAGGAAGCUGACAGCAUAAAAUACCCACUGCUGGAGCAGCACCUUGGUGUGUUUGGGCAAGCAUUUUUUUGUUUGUUUUUGGAGUCGGAAGAGCACAACUGCUAGCACUGACAACAACACUUCACCCACCUGUGUACCGAAGCACAACUACUGUAGCUACCCACCUAAAGUCAUCUGAGAGAAGAGCGAGAGAGGGACAACACACCCAUCGAACACAGGCCUGGUCGGUCUCCAUUCCACAGCUCUGCUCUGGACCAUGGUCCGUCAUACCACCUGUAUCAUGAGCAUCCCUUCCACUGCCAGCAUUGAGAGCCAGCUGCCCACAACAUGGAGCUCCUACCCKUGCCCAGACAUUUCCACAGUGAUGCCCGGUUACACCAGUAGCCUGUGGUCCCAGGACUACAAGCCUCAGUAUUGGUCAAAGUACCUGGUGUGGCAGUGGCUACAGCAGAUGGUGGACAUGCACCAGAUUGACGCUGCCAGCAUCCACUUCCAGAACUUUGACGUGGACGGCCGUCAACUGUGCAGCAUGACCUACCAGGACUUUACACGCGCCGCGGGCACUGUGGGGCCUAUCCUCUACCAAAGCCUCAACGAGCUCAAAUGGAGCGGACAGCAUCCUGGUGUGGAGUUUAACCCACUGGACAUUAUCAAAUCAGAGCCAGAUGAUUUCCCUUGUUCAUUCCCAGAACCUAGCAUAUAUCCUGCAGACAUUUUUGAUCCCUCAUGUCAAUGCCUCGCACCUGUGGCAUCGCUCACUAUCUCAAGUCCAGACACAAAGAGAUCUCACAGUCGCCCUCAUCAGAUCAAAAAACACAACCCCCGGGGAACCCACCUGUGGGAGUUCAUUAGGGACAUUCUGCUYAACCCAGAGUGGAACUCAGGCCUGCUCAAGUGGGAGGACCGGACAGAUGGCGUGUUCCGUUUCCUCAAGUCAGAGGCUGUUGCUCAGCUGUGGGGCAAGAAGAAGAACAACAGCAGCAUGACCUACGAGAAGCUCAGCCGAGCUAUGAGAUAUUACUACAAACAGGAAAUCCUGGAACACGUGGAUGGCCGAAGGCUGGUCUACAAGUUUGGAAAAAAUGCACAAGGAUGGAGGGAGUCAGAAAAGUAAAAGAGUCUGGAGGACACCUCUCCACUAUUUUGUGCCUUUUUUUGUGCCUUUUUUUUUGCCUGUCUAUUUAUGUUUGUUUUUUAUUUUAAUGUGUCACUGUGAUGUUUUACAAAGAGGAGCAGAAUGCCUUGUUGCAACUCUUGACAUUUGUGGGAGGUUUUGUAUGAUAUGUUUACAUUUGGUUAAGAAAGACUACAUUUUACAUUUAAUUGCUUACCCAGCUAGCACAUAAC